AUAUGAUCAUUCAAGAGAGAUCUCAACAUCAAAAAUCCAUGUUAGAAGAAAAAAAAAAUAUUUUGGAUGACAGAAAUGUCACUUGGAGUGUAUUUCUAACCCUACUAUAUAUGAAUCAUCACCUUAUGUUCCCAAUUCAUGAAAAAUGACAUAUAAAUGUUAUUGCUGUGGGUGUAAUUAUGGUUUUAAAUUUCAGUUGCAUCACCAUACUUGAGAUUGAGGAUAAAUAGUAUUAGUAACUUUAGGGGGUUUGCAUAAUUGAAGUUGCAGACAGUAAUUUAAAAUCAUGGUUUUUAUGCAUAUGAUUAUCCAAAUCCAAGUCUUUAACAUUGUGACUAUAAUAUUGGAUUGCAAUUCAAAACCCGGAUUUAAUCAAAGUUACACAGACACACAAAAAAGGCCAAGUUUUAGGCCACUAAUACUGUAUUUUGAAUUUUUAAAAGGGUGGAGUGGAAUGUAGAUUUUAAGAAGAAUUGAACUGAUGUUAUUUUGGAAUUACAACAAGGCUGAAGUGUGGAUUUUAGAUAAGAAUGAAGCUGAGUGUUAUUCUGACAAAUAAGCCUUUUGUAUUUGUUUUUGUUUUUUGUUUGGCUUAAUUACAACUUUGGUCCCCGACGUUUACCAAUACCACGAUUUUGGUCCCCCACCUAAUUUAAUUACAUGGAUGGUCCCCGACGUUGUAGGCUGCGUGCAACGUUAGUCCUACAAUUUAUUUCUUAAUGGAGAAGGCUUACGUGGACGUCUAGUUUGAGAGAAAAAGGAGAUCUGAGGAGAGAGGGGAGCACGUGAGUAUCACGUGAACUCACGUGAACCUUAUAUGAACCCAUUAUACCCAAAUCUGAAACCCUAGGGAUCUAAAUCGCGUUACCUUCUUCGUUCCAGGGAGGUCAGGGGUUUAGGUAUAAUGGAUUCAGAUAAGGGUCACGUGAUACUCACGUGCUUCCCUCUCUCCUCAUACCUCAUUUCUCUCUCCAACUGGACGUCCACGUAAGCCUCCUCCAUUAAGAAAUAAACAGUAGGACUAACGUUGCACACGGCCUACAACGUCGGGGACCAUCUAUGUAAUUAAAUUAGGUGGGGGACCAAAAUCGUAGUAUUGGUAAACGUCGGGGACCAAAGUUGCAAUUAAGCCUUUUUGUUUUGAAUGAAAUGAUAAACAGGAGCCACAUGGAGAUGGUGAAGAGAAUGAAGGUGUGGGUUUACAAGGAAGGAGAGCAACCACUAGUGCAUGAUGGGCCAUUGAAGGGCUUAUACGGCAUUGAAGGUCAAUUCCUUGACGAAAUAGAUAGCAGCAGCAGGAGCCCCUUCAAAGCUAGGCACCAUGAUGAGGCAAACCUUUUCCUAAUUCCAUUUAGCAUCGCUAACAUUGUCAAAUAUGUUUAUACGCCAAUCUUGUCCCGAGAGGAUUACCACCCAGACCGCCUGCAACGGUUGCUGGAGGAUUAUGUACAUGUGGUGGCUGAUAAGUAUCCUUACUGGAAUAGAAGCAAUGGUGCAGACCAUUUUCUCCUUUCUUGUCAUGAUUGGGCACCAUACAUCUCAGGUGCAAAUCCAGAGCUCUACAAGAACUUCAUCAGAGUUUUAUGCAGUGCCAACACUUCAGAAGGAUUCCAGCCCAAGAGGGACGUGUCUAUCCCUGAAAUUUACCUAUCUUAUGGAGAGCUAGCCCCACCAAGCCUGGCCCAAAACCCAUCAAAUCGCACCUUAUUGGCCUUCUUUGCUGGUGGAGAGCAUGGGGCCAUUAGGAAGCUUCUGCUUCAGCACUGGAAGGACAAGGAUACCCAAGUUCAAGUUCAUGAGUACCUCCAAAAGGGCCAAAACUAUACCCAAUUAAUGGGCCUGAGCAAGUUCUGCUUGUGCCCAAGUGGGUAUGAAGUGGCUAGUCCUAGAAUUGUGGAAGCAAUUCAUGCAGGGUGUGUGCCUGUGAUCAUUUCUCAGAACUAUUCUUUGCCUUUUAAUGAUGUCCUGAAUUGGAGUCAAUUCUCAAUAGAGAUUCCAGUGGAUAGAAUACCAGAGAUUAAGGAUAUUUUACAAAAUGUUUCAGAAAGCAAGUACAUGAAAUUGCAGAAGAAUGUGAGAAGAGUUAGGAAACAUUUUGUUGUGAAUAGGCCUGCUAAGCCAUACGAUGUGAUGCACAUGAUACUUCACUCAAUUUGACUCAGAAGACUGAACUUCAGGUUGAUAGCUUCACAAUAGAAAGUUGUUAAUUAACUGUAACAUUUUUCAGUUUAGGCCACACUGCCUUGGUCUAAACAUGGAAUAACCAACAAUUUCUCAAAUGUGGAUAAAACUGUUUGAAUAAAGCACAUAUGAGAUUAUACUUUUGGUUAAUUAA